AAAAUUACUGUUUAUUUGAAUGGAGUCUGGUGGGUUUGGUGAUGGCAGCACAAUGUUAAAAUUACUCUUACUUUUUAGCAAAGAUGUCUAUCUCUGUAGGGAUCCUCUCCAUAAUGUAGAAUAGCAAUCAGAGCCUCACAGUGGCAAAAAAAAAACAAAAAACAAAAUAACACCUUCAGUGGAUACAAAUUGGCGGCACAAUGAUAAAACUUUGUAAAACAAACAAACAAACAAAAAUCUCUGUAGGGAUCCUUUCCCUAAAGUUGUCAGACACUUAGAAUAUCAAUGUGAGCCUGUCAGUGACAAAAGUAAACACUUUAAUGGGAUGUACAUUUUUGGUGCAACGAUAAAAUUACUGUUAAUUUAAACAGUAUGGUGGGUUUUGGUGAUGGUGAUUUCAGGGCUAUUUCUAGUUAAACAAAAAGGAUCUUACUCUGUAACAAAAACAUCUGUCUCUGUAGGGAUCCUUUCCAUAAUGUAGAGUAACAAUCUGAGCCUCUCAAUGGCAAAAAUAAACACCCUUAUUGGAAAUUGGUGCCACAAUGUUAAAAUUACUCGCACUCUUUAGCAAAGAGGUCUAUCUCUGUAGGGAUCCUUUCCAUAAUGUAGAAUAGUAAUCGGAGCCUCACAGUGGCAAAAACAAACAAACAAAAACACCUUCAGUGGAUAUAAAUUGGUGGCACAAUGAUAAAACUUUGUAAAACAAACAAACAAACAAACAAAAAUCUCGGUAGGGAUCCUUCCCAUAAUGUUGUCAGACACUUAGAAUAACAACCUGAGCCUGUCAGUGCCAAAAAUAAACACUUUAAUGGGAUGUACAUUGUUAGUACAACGAUAAAAUUACUGUUUAUUUAAAUGGAGUCUGGUGGGUUUGGUGAUGGUGAUUUCAGGAUUGUUUCUGGUUAAACAAAAAGGAUCUUACUCUUUAACAAUAAGGCCUAUCUCUGUAGGGAUCCUACCCAUGACGUAGAAUAAGAGUCUGAGCCUGUCAGUGACAAAAACAAACACUUUUAGUGGACCUAAAUUGACAGCACAAUGUUAAAAUUACUCAUACUCUUUAGCACAAAGCUCUAUCUCUGUAGGGAUUCUUUCCAUAAUGUUGUCAGACACUCAGAAUAACAAUCUGAGCCUGUCAGUAACAAAAACAAACACUUUCAGCGGACAUAAAGUGACACAAACAUGGGGAAAAUAGGGUCCAGGUUGAAAAAUACCCCAAAGAAAUCCCAUUAGACUACACAUCUGCAGGUUUUAACAGAAAGGAUCCAGGAGUCUUGGUCCUGAAAUCCCAUGAAUAAAAAACAUUUUAAGUAUUCUUAAGUUCACUUUGGGGCCCCUGAAAGCCUGACUAAAGGCCCCUGGAGGUCCUCAGACCCCAGUUUGGCCAUCAGCAGAGGGCUGAGUGUUGGAUGUCUGUUGUCUCUGGUCUGCCAAGCUGCACACCACUGUUCAAGACAAACAAAUAAAAAACACCUGAAGAAAUCUGUCUCUUCAUUUCCCACCACUGCUUAAGUUCAGUCCAGUCUGUGGUGGUUCUGUUAAUGGGAGUUCUGGGAAAUGUAGGAGAUCUCCAGAAUGAGUGAGGCUGAAACAAUAAGUUCAGGAAGAGUUAAUCUGAGCAUCAAACAAUCACUAAAAUGUUCAGGUUUUCCAAGUCAGGGUCCUGGGCGCUUAAGGGGAUCCUUAAGGGUUUCCCUGGAGGUCCUGAUUACCUGAGUGACAGUUUAAUGUCUCACCUCCAGCACAGACUGUUACGUCACUGAGUCUUAAACCUUCCAGAGGAGCGGUGGGAGAGUUUUAACGCGCGCACCUGCGCUCCUGCUCACGCGUCUGAACUUGGACACGAGGGUCCAAAGGACAGAGGGCGAGCGCGCGCCGGCCCGGACAGUCUCGUGGCUCGGUGUUUGUGUGUCCUCUUGGCUGACAAUAAGCAGAUGAAGGCGGCCGCGGGGCCUGUGCCACCCCGAUGGGAGGAGAGGACGGAGCAGAGGGCAGGUCCAGCAGGGCGCGGUCUCCUUCUUCUCCCGCGGCACCUCAUCUGUGCUGUAGUAGGAUCUCUUCCAUUUCCAUUUCUGCCAACAGCCCUGCGCCACAGGGACGCAUUGAGAACAAACCCGAGAGGCAGAAACCGCUGCGGGGACACCCUUUGACCGCCGUGCCCAACAGGCGCAGCCAGACUUACGCACCGCGCGCCUCCGUGUCUGUCUGCAGCCCCUUUUCUCACAGCUCCGACACAGAGAGACAGCUUUGAACCUGCCUGCCAAGAUAAACUCACCUCGCCUAUUUAUGCCCCUGCCUCCGCGUGCACUCGGGACAGGAGGGUGUCAGCAGCUCACAGGGACAGGUUUAUCUUUCCAGCUCGUCUCCAGCGGCGCACUGGCCACUUUUACGCGCCGGGAAUGGCCACUUUUGGGGACUCGGGAGUGAGUCCUGCUGCCUUACCUCCACUCUAAAAUUACAAAGUGGGGUGACACACAUCUGAGGAAACACAGCGGUGACAUUUUGGCCACCGGCCGGGGGGCUACAGACCGGCCCCGGGGCGGAAUGCUGCUCCCGACGCUGGUGACGUGCCUCGCCGGGUGCGCCUUUCUCCUCUCGCCGGUCAGCGAGGGCUGCGGGCCGGGUAGAGGCUAUGGCAAGAGGCGGCCGCCGCGGAAGCUCGCGCCGCUCGCCUACAAGCAGUUCAGCCCCAACGUGGCCGAGAAGACUCUGGGGGCCAGCGGGAGAUACGAAGGGAAAAUUACCCGGAACUCUGAGCGCUUCAAGGAGCUCACCCCGAACUACAACCCCGACAUCAUCUUCAAGGAUGAGGAGAACACAGGUGCAGAUCGCAUGAUGACGCAGCGCUGCAAAGACAAGCUGAACUCUCUGGCCAUCUCAGUCAUGAACCUGUGGCCCGGGGUCCGGCUGCGGGUCACCGAGGGAUGGGACGAGGACGGCCACCACUCGGAGGAGUCGCUGCAUUACGAGGGCCGGGCGGUGGACAUCACCACGUCGGACCGGGACAGGAACAAGUACGCCAUGCUGGCGCGGCUGGCGGUGGAGGCCGGGUUCGACUGGGUCUACUACGAGUCCAAGGCCCACAUCCACUGCAGCGUCAAGUCAGAUCACUCCGUGGCGGCUAAAUCUGGAGGUUGUUUCCCCGGCGAGGCCUUGGUGACGUUGGCGAGCGGCGCUCAGAAGCCCAUCAGUGACCUGCGCCCGGGUGAGCACGUCCUGGCGUCGGCGGGCAGCGACGGCAGCGGGGAGCUGCUUUACAGUGAAGUCCUGCUCUUCCUGGACCGCGACCCCGUCACCCGGAAGCUCUUCUACACACUGCACACAGAAGCCGGAGCCCGCCUGUCGCUCACCGCCGCCCACCUGAUAUUUGUGUCUGAGGGGAACUGCUCAGAGGGGGCGCUGCCGGCCCGCGGCGCCCUCAGGACUGUGUACGCCAGCGACACCCAGCCGGGACAGUGUGUGCUGGUGUCAGAGGGGAAAGCGGGAUGGGGGCGUCUGUCUCGCAUCACCCGGGUCAGCAUGAGGGUGAGCAGGGGGGCGUUUGCACCGUUGACCCAGCAGGGGACGGUGGUGGUGGACGGGGUGGUGGCGUCCUGCUACGCCGUGGUGGACCAGCACUGGCUGGCUCAUUGGGCCUUCUCACCACUCCGGCUCAUCCACAGCUGGACUGGAUCCACUGGGAGCCAUGGUGAUGGGAUCCACUGGUACUCGCAGCUUUUACACUGGCUGGGGAGGAUGCUGCUGGACUCAGGACGCCUCCACCCACUGGGCGUGGCUCAGGACGCCAGGUGAGGACGGGAAGAGGUCACAUGGGAGGACACUUUAACCACAAAGGAACCUUAACCCCUCAUUUUGUGCACUGGGAUGACCCCAGAUUGAAACCUGUAGAGCUGCUCCGGACUGGGAUGGACCGCCUGACGCCACGGGAGACGUCUGGGUUCCUGCUGAGGCAUGAUGGGAGUUCUUUUGGUGUGACAUGGCGGGAAGAGGAAGCUGUGAACUGACACAGACGAGCUCUCCCCAAAUCACAAACACAGCAAAUAAAAGAGCACUCAGAGUCAGAAUGAGCUCGAAAAAGACUUAAGUGACACCUUUAUCCUUUAAAACACUAUGAAACAAAAAUACCUUAACAAUCCCUGAGUAAACCCUUAAUCUACCCUUAAAAAAACCUUACUUCACCUAUCAAUUAUCACCGUAAGGUGUCAUCAAGGUUGUGAUUUAAUAAACUGAAACAUUUUCAGUGGCA